GACCUUCACCCGUUUAGUCCUAAGGGAAAGACACAAAUCCGACUUUAUUAUUUUUCUUUUGCAUACGUAGCCUACCAGAUACCGCUAUUUAUUUUCUUCCUCAGACGAGAUGACAAAUAAAUCCUCAUGCGCCUUGCCUGGAAACCAUUUAUCUUGCCUGAGCUAUCCUAAAAUGAGGAAAAAACUGGGGAAGUUCAUUUUUCACAAGAAGAAAUUAAAAAUUACAGUGGACCUCUCCUUCCAGCAAAAUCUGCAAGCACAUCACUUUGUGGACGCAGGGAAGCAGUUGAUCAACCGAGAAGACCGUCUCUUUGUUCUGAAGCAAGAAGGGAUUGGAGCCAAGAAGAAGCUGUUGGAGGAAGAAGAAGAUUCAGAGGCUAAACUGGUAAAGGACUACGAAGAUUGGUGGAAGCUAGUGAUGGGGACGCUGGAGAAUUCCCUCGAACUCAACAGUGCAGAGGAACAGGAUAUACUGAAAGAAGCAGUGCAAGCCAUUCUUCAGGAGGAGGAACAGGACGUACAGUGGGAGAGGUUUAAAGAAACGGAACGCCCACCAUGGAGGCCAAGACAUUGUAAACAGAAGCAUGAGACCCUGCUGGAGACACUUGUUCAGAGUCGUAUGCAAGAUGCACCAUUAGACUCAAGUGUUGAGACACAUUCGUCUGUAAAGAAUAGCAUUCUUAGUAAAGGAAAACAACUGAGGGAAGACUUGCUGAAAGUUGUGACGUGUGUGAGCAGCUGCUACCCAGAACAAGACAAUGUGUGCCAGCUUUACGCUACGCUGUACCAUAAGAGCUUCAGUGAUGAGCUUAGAAAGGUGGCUAACUAUGGAUUGUGUGAUAGUGACUGCAUCGUUUUAUUGAGCUGGGUGAACAAUCAUUACCACUAUAUUUUAAAUGACAGCAGGAUAAACGAAGUGAUAGAUUGCACACAGCUCAAUCCACUGCUUCCUAAAGACAUCAUUGGACCACUGGAACAGCAGUUUUUGACCAGCAUAGAGAACGAGUUGAGCACAUGGCUUCACAGUGCUCUGAACAGAGAAGAAACCGCCUGGAAGGAGGGAAAAAUUCCAGAACUGACAGACCAGAAAUACUCCUGUCCUCUACACAUUGAUGUUAUCCAGUGUUUUGAUGGCAGUGUAAGAUCUGCUCAAGAGGUGCUUGGUGAUGAGACAAAAGCUCAGAGGGUCAGCUGCCAGAUGAGCAACUUUUUGACCGAUUACAAAACGUUUCAUGAUAAGGUCAUCAAGGAGAAACAAACAAACUUUGAGGCUGUUCUGAUGGCCAACCUCUGGUGCAUCACGCAGUUCAGGGACUACAUUAUAAAGAAAGCACAUCAGUUUCCUGAAGACGUCAAAACAAACUGUCUGUCUUUGCUGAAUGCCAUGAGAGACAGCAGUCAUGCUUAUUUCACAUCUAAUUUUCACAAGGACCUUAAGGAGUUGUAUAAAAAGCUGGGUUCAUCUAAAUGGCUCAGAGACAGUGAGGGCAUAUGCGAAGAGCUGCUUGCAAAAGUGGAGGUGCAUUUACAGAAAUUCAAGCACUUGCAGGAAAGGUGUUGCCAGGAGCUGCUGAGUGACCUGCAUAAAGAGUUUUUGGCUGAAUACGUUCGGAAAAUGAUGAAGAACAAAAUCAGAUUUGCAGAUAAAGAAAAGCAAGAGAAGGCUGCAGAGGCGGUUUGCAAAAACAGCGACAGCAUACACACACGCCUAACCGCAGCCGGUUCAAACAUGGAUUGGUUAAAAGACAUUCUUCCGAAAUUAGCUGGGCUCCUGAAGCUUCAGCAUCCAGACAGUAUAAAGUUAGAGCUGUGUGAUCUAUUGAGAGAUUACCCUGACUUCAGUAAACGUCAUGUCUCUGUAUGGCUGAGCCUCAAGACAAAUCUUUCUGCCUCAGACCUGAAACAAAUCUUAAAUAGCGUCACUUUCAGCCAGAAUCAACUCAAAGAAGAGCAGGAGUUACUCCGGUGUAGCAAGAGCUUCUUUUCCUUUGUGAGGAUUAAAUAAAUGACAUAACAUGAAACACUUUUUUCUGUAGAGCUACUAAUCUACUGAAAGCAUUCCUGCUUGGGCAUGGCACUAACAACAUUGGUUCAGUUUUCAAAGAAUUACAUACCGUGCUAAUCAGACAUAGAAACUUGAAUUAAAGUUGGUUUAGAUGAAAGUGAUUGUAAUGAUUAUGCACUCAAUGCAUUUCAAAAUACCCUGCACUCCCAUGUUGCUUUAUAAUGUGAAUUAUGAAAUAAAAUCUUGCUGUAUUUUUUGGUAAUACUUUUGACUGAUUCAUCAAUACCAAAUACUUAAAUUACACAAAUGUAACUGAAACACUGUCUAUAAAGGAAGUCUAUAAACAGAAUGUGAUUCUUAGCACCGUAGGAAACACAACUGUGGAUACAAUUAUAUAGUUCCUGGAAGUCGUUAAAAGACUCUUUGCAAGGUUAAAGGACUUUUCCCGACAAGCUGUGUCCUCUGCAGGGAAACAGGAUGCACUCAGUGUCCAUUAUUUAUAUCCAGCUUCCUAUCCUUGAAAAUAAACUGUCAACUAAUUUUGCUUCACACGUAAUGUUUUUCUAGCACUUCACCAGCAGAUACUGUGAUG